GGGGAAGGAGAAAGAAGGGAGGUGUGUAUUGCCGAGAGGUUGGGGGAGGAGAGCUGACGCUUCCUCUCUGGUGACGCUGCUUGAGCUGCUUUCAGCUUUUGCAGCUGCCACCAGCCACCCACACGCCACCACCCCUGUCCUGUUAGCUAGUUUACAAGAAGCAGCCUGUUUCUUGGGGCCCCAGCACCAGAAGCUGCAGCAAACCCCAAGCAAGAAAAGGAACUUACUCGAGUCUGCGGAGCUCGAAAGAGCCUGAGUACAGUGGGGUCUGCGCCAUGUCGGCUAAGAUGAGGGAGAGGUUCGACCAGUUCCUGCACCAGAAGAACUGCAUGACUGACCUUCUGGCUAAGAUCGAGAGCAAGACUGGGGUGAACAGAACCUACAUAGCGCUUGGUAUUAUCGGUUUGGUGGCUUUGUACCUCGUGUUUGGCUAUGGAGCCUCUCUUCUCUGCAACCUGAUAGGAUUUGGCUAUCCGGCCUAUAUCUCAAUCAAAGCUAUCGAGAGUCCCAACAAAGAGGAUGAUACACAAUGGUUGACCUACUGGGUGGUAUAUGGUGUCUUCAGUAUAGCUGAAUUCUUCUCUGACCUCUUCCUGUCAUGGUUCCCUUUCUACUACAUGCUGAAGUGCGGCUUCCUGUUGUGGUGUAUGGCCCCCAGCCCUUCAAAUGGUGCUGAAAUGCUGUAUAAGCGUAUCAUUCGCCCCUUCUUCCUAAAGCAUGAAUCCCAAAUGGACAGUGUGGUGAAGGACCUGAAAGACAAAGCCAAAGAGACUGCAGAUGCCAUCGCUAAAGAAGCCAAGAAAGCUACCGUGAACUUACUGGGUGAUGAAAAGAAAAGUACCUAAGCAGCGAACUGGAUGAAAGCCCUCUUCUGUUACACCCUUUACUCUCCUAUUACAGCUCUGUUAUGCUGGGGACUGUGGUAUAGUAAUAAUAAUAUUGCCUUGGAAACCUUUUUGAUCUAUUAAAAAGGAAUGUGUUGUAAGUUUUUUGCUUACUUUCUUGCUGCUAUCUAUAUAAGCAGUGAGCAUUUUAAUUUAAUUUCAUUCAAUGCAGUGGACAGUGUUCAAAGUUUCUUGAGAAUGUAUUCUUUCCCUCUCUGAGCUAGGAAGGACACCUGUCAUACCACAGUGAAUACAAAUAAAAUUAAAUAUCUCACAGGCUCUGUGCUUUACUGGCUUAUCUGUGCAUGUAUCUUCUGUAUUUAUGGUUUGUGGGAUUUCAUGUAAUGUAUGAUUUUUGUACUAGAAUUCUUAAUGUUUUAAACCUUUUUAUUUGUGCACAUGCAAAAAAAUGUUUCAAAGGGUAGAUUUAAACUAUUAUGCUAGAGAAGACACAACUUAGCAAUAUGAAUUUUGUAGCAAUGAUGUUAUUCCGUGAUUGCCUAUGCCAUUUGUAACUGUUCUGUACAAAAAGUGAGAGCACUUAUUUGGAUAAUUAGGAAAACCUAAUAAAAACAGCAUGAUGUCGCCAGUUAGUUUUUUUCCUAGGAUGAUGAUCUCAACUAAGAAUGACGAUAUAGAAAGUGCUAGAAAAAAUGGAUUAAAAUGUAAGUAAAUUAUACAAUAUAAAAUCUAAAGAAGUUUGUAUAGCUUUGUCAAUUUAUUUGUAAUUAAGAUGUCUAGCUUUUUCUUCCCAGAAUUACGGGAGCUGAAUGCCAAGAAAUCAAGAAUAAGAACAGUAGGUUACUCAUGGCAAGAGUGGGAAAAUUUACAUGCAUAUCAAUAACUGAGGGUCUGCUAUUUCAGGAUAUCUAGGAUUUUCUGUGUGUUUUCAAGUCUGUUCUAGUUUGUUGGAAUUUCACUUGCUGCCAUGUCUAGCCUUCCCUCAAGCUAGAUAAGAUUGUUUCUUAAGCCUUUUCUCAGAAACUCCAUCCCUGCUUUUUAAUUAUUCUCCUCUAGUCACUAACAAAGGACCUUCAGUUCUGACCGAAUGCUCUAUUCCUGUGUGCAAUCGAAAUACCACAUUCAUUAGACUGAAAACCAAUGACGGAGAGAAUGGAACAAGCAGGAAUUGACUCUCGCCAGCUGAGCUUUAAUUUUAAUUAUAGGUCUUCUCAAAACUUCCCUCCACUUUAUUCCUCUGGCUUUUAAAGUCAGAUGCAAAAGGCAACCUUAUCCUGUAAAUCAUACUCUUGUAACUUCCCAUUAAAUGCCUUCAUUUCUCUUUUCUGUUGAAAUUAUUUCCUGAUAUCAGUUUGGACAUAGACCAGAAGUUUAAAAAAAAUUAAGUCACCUGAUUACUGCAGGCCAAAUAUAUUACAGAUACAUUAACAGCUUUUGUGGCUAUAGCAAAAAGGGCUGCAAGAAAACUGAAACUUGAAAACUUUUUAGGUCCGUUUUGGCUUGGAUAACAAGAAAUUAACUACUCCCAAAACACCGAUCAAUAAAUUAUUUUAAAAGUUAUUGUGCUUAAGAUAAUAUAUAUAUAUAUAGUGAGAGAUGAUCAGAUAUGACCAAAAUGUCAUCUCAUAAUGAGAAAAUAUAAAAUUGGGAGGCAAGAUCAUUUUAAGUAAUAUUAUACUGUAAUAAUCAAAGUUUAGCAUAUUAAUAUUUUGAUAUGCAAUAAAUUGAAUUUGAGCAUUUUAGGAGGACAGUAGUAAUUGUGAAACUGGUUAAAUUUCCUAUAAAGUGUCAGUAAGGGUGAAUCAUUUCUUUAAAAAAAAAACAACUAAGUAAACCAUAUCACCAGAUCAAAGGAAAGUGAAAAUAAUUACUUGGGAAAAAAUCAAUUCCUGUAGCCAAAAUUAAAGUAUUUGUAAAUAUUCAGAUCUUUCUCCUUGAAGAGAAAAACCAAACUUUUCUGACUUUAUAAAAACAGAAUUAGCAUAAUAUUUGCUAUACGGAGCACAUUUUCAUUAGACAAGUUAGGGGAUCCUAACUUUCUCUUUUGAUCUUAAAUUACUUAACAAGCUACCAAUAAAUAACUGCUAUUAAGUGUAAAGUAACUAUUCUAAAAUGUACAACAAUUUGAAUUAUGUACCUUCUUUCAAAAAAUACUACUCUCUCAGCUCAUUGGUUCCAGCAGUUGAUAUACUGUUGUAAUUAAUAGAAAUUGUGUUGAGAAAUUGCCUGUCAAGGCUUUCAUGAAAUAAAGCUCUUCUAGAAAAACUCCAUGGCUGGAAUUUGGAUUUUAAAAGUUUCAACUUCUGUGUCUGGCAAUGAGCAAGCUUACAGUUGUCAUGUGCAAGUGUUUGAGGGUUGCAAGCGGCUGUCUUAAUAUCAAUUUGUACCUCUCUGUUUUCAGAAAGGAAGGAAAGAAUUCAAGCUUUUCUUUUACUUGAAAGUGCCAAGUCACCAUCCUCCAGAGUAAUGUAGUUGCCGAUGGUCUGUAAAAUGUCUUGUUAGAACAUCGAGUUGAAAAUAAGUAUUGCUAGCCCUUAGUUCUAAUUUAUCACUUGUACUGAAGAUGUACUGUAUUGAAUAGUAGACCCGAAUAAAAGGCUGUUCUUAAUUUA